UUACUCAUGUGCCCGUGGCCAGCGGUUGCCUCAUCGCGACUCGGGAUGAUGCUACUUUGUGAUUAAGCAUUGCUUCGACGGGCUAGCGGCAUAGUACUCCGUUUGAGAAUGUAGUUUGUGGCUUACAGAGCAUAUUCUGCUGACUGAUGCAGGAGCCGGCUAGAGCGAAGGGCACACACCGUACUUAAGGGUUACAGAUCUGCUCCUGGCUCUCAAGUCUCUACGUCGUGAAGCCAACCACUCGUAUUAACAACUUUGACUAGCGCAAACCCCAUCCAAUCCUCACGAUGACCGUCGCAGUCCUCGCACCCCGCGAUGUCCCGACCACUCUGAACUACUACGUCCCCGACCCGGAAACCGACGAGUCGCCCCGUAUCUAUAUCCAAGACCCACCGGCUGGGAAGAAGAAGGACAAUCUCGGCCGUGAACCGCACGACGUUGUUGUUCGCGAUGCUCGUGGCAAGGAGAAAGAGUACGACCUCUCUCUCGACACGUCCGGCUUCCAAUUCGUCAAGCACGUAAGCCAAGAGAAGAACUUUGAGGACGAAGAGAGGAUCAAGGAUGCAUACUACAAGGAGCUGGAGGAGCUGCUAAAGAAGGAGACCGGUGCGAAGAGGGUCCUCGUGUUCGACCACACUCUCCGCCGCACUGAGCCGGAUUUCGUUAGUCCGACGGGCAAGCUCAUCCGUGGAGCGGCCGACUUCGUUCAUAUCGACCAGACUUACGAUGCGGCCGUUGAACGUGUCCACCGUCAUCUCGGUGACGAGGCUGAACGCAUCCUGAAGGGACGCGUCCGUAUCAUCAACGUCUGGCGCCCCAUUCGCAAUCCUGUGGCUCACAGGCCGCUCACCGUGUCGGACUGGCGCACAGUCGAUAAGGAACACGAUCUUGUUCCUGUUCGCUUCGUUCAUCCCGACCAACGCCCUAAUGCAGGUAUCUAUGCCGCCCACUACAACCCGAACCACAAGUGGUAUUACCUCUCGGAUCAGACCCCGGAUGAGGUCACGCUCAUUAAGUGCUACGACUCAGAGGUGGACCGCGCGCGGUUCACUCCGCAUACCGCAUUCCUCGACAAGACCAGUCCAAAGGAUGCGCCCCACCGGGAGAGCAUCGAGGCUCGAUGCCUGGUCUUUGACACGGAGUAGAGUCCGCAGACUAGAUUUGUUCGGAUGUGCUUUGAGCCUAUUUCUGGCUGUUGUGUACUGUGUGGCGGUAGCAUUUAUGAUACAUCAGCAUUGAACUUCAUGUCUGUAUCGAGUCGGAAACCUGCAUGCAACUGAAAGCAGCUGCGACUGCGUGCUUACU